UGCAAGCGUUGGACGAAGAAUGCCAAGAGUGACUUCAUGAAGUCAAACGUCGAUGAUCCAAGUGAUUCUGAUAAGGUACUAAAGUGUCGUUUGGGUGUGUUGGGUGCUGAGUGUUCUAGGUUGAUGGAUUUGGCCUGUAAGAAUUCAAGUGAUUUUGUCGAAGCAAUGAAUAGUAUUGUCGACACAAUUACAAAACUCCAAAAGCGAGGUGAAAAUCCAUGUAACGCUAACUUAGACGAUGACUGCGUUGGUGACCCAUUGGUGGUGAAGAGUAAGGGAGCUCCCAAGAAAAACUCAAAAUUCAAGCAACAGAGAAAGUGUUCAAACUGCGGUGUGAUAGGGCACUACAACAAAAGUUGUCCUAAUGCUCCUGGUAGAAUCCCAAAGGAGCCAGUAGACGAUGAUACAGAAACGAAUAUCAGCAGCAUCCUCCCUAAGCGCAAAAGACAUGACAGUGUGAAAAAUCAGCAUAAGAUGGAAAAAGAUAGGAACAUUGGUGGUGGAACAGCACCAACCUCAGCAGCUAAGUCGGCUUUUAUUGAUCAAGUGAAAACAUCAAGUCUUGGUCCCAAUAUCCCGGUUUGUGCGUCUACAAGUAACGAAGAGUCCGGGAUGGGUUCCAUACCAGUUGGGUCUUCUGUUGUGGCCCCUGAAACUGGAAUGGCAGCUUGAAGAUGAUUCAGAUUUUUGGAUGAUUGGUUAUUUCGUUCCAUUUACUAAUUACCUUUUAUUGAUGAUUGUAUAGUUUGCAUUCAUUGAUUGAAUUGACAUUUAUUGAACUA